UUUUUGUUGCCGUUUCUUAGAGGUUCUCGAGAGCAUUUUCGCGAAGCGGCGAGUAUGAUUUGAGGAUGAGCGGUUUUGUUUCUGGAUUGAGGGUUCUGUCGCGUUCUUGCUGAAGCGAACCUCAAUUGAACACUCGUGGGAGAGGGUGUCGUCGUUAAUCCUGGCCUUCAGAAUGAUGGAGUGUUGUAAGCUGCGUGAUGAAGUUGUUAUAGGGGGGUAGAGUGAAGAGGUCGUAGAGCAGGUUUACGCUGACCAGCGGUGGGCUAGGAAGGAAGUGGUUGCUGAAAUUUGAGGAGCCGUGGUGAUGUCGCUGGAGGAAGGGAGGGCCGAGGUGUGAGCGAUUGGAAGUCGGAGAUGAUUAUUAGUCGACAGCAUGAGACAUUUCGCAGCUUGGAUGCGCUCAGGGGAGUUUUAAAGGACGCCGGUUGGUCAGAUGUGCUUCGCUUGCUGUCUGAGAUGAACAUAUACAUGGAGAGCUUCAACGUGCUUUGUACCGAGGGCCCCCCAUAUCGCAUACAAGGCGGGAUGAGGGACAUCGGCUUACACUUGGGCAAUUGGAGACUGGGCAUUCACGAGGACCAAUCGGAUGAUCAUUUGGUGAAUGUGGAUUCAGGUGGGGAAAGUGAGACAGAAAAGCCAAGUUUCUUCGAUGAUGACGACUGUCCUCCUUCAGCUAGUGUGACCACUAGCGAAUUCUCUGUUACAGUCGGUUUACCAAGGAGGUUUGGUAACCCUUUGGUUUCAGAGGAAGGAUUAGAAUCACAAGAAGCUGAAGUGAGUCGGACACCUGCCGGUACUGACCCGUCUUCUGAGUGUACCAUGAAGACUAGCAUACGAGAAAUAUCGAGGAAGGUUGCUGUGAACGAGAGUGCGCUUUGCACUGCAAUUGAUAGCCUUGGAGGAGGUGUGAAAGGGCUCAAAGCUGUGGUUGAUUUCGUGAAGCAUUUUCAGGAAAGUGGGGUCCCAGUUGCUGGUGAUGUAAACACAGAUUCUUUCACCCGAGGCUUGGAGCAGUUCUGCCUAGUUAAUGGUCAGGCGAAGGAAGGCGCAGUAGUUCCAAGUCUAGAAAAUAUGUCCCAGGAUCGAGGGCUUUCAGGUACUGCAGAGUCGGAAACACAGCAGACUGGCGGUGUAGCUGCGGACCAAAAUCGGCUUAUUGUACCGAACUUGCCAAUUCGAGGACAGUACGAGUGGACUCGCAAUGCUCCUAACGGGGAUAUUUAUACAAUGGGGUAUAUGGAGAAUAUGAGUGGUUAUUUCCCGAACUUCUGUUACCCGUAUCCUCCCCCCUUCGCAGGUUAUGGGCCAUUUAACUUAGGUGUGCGACCAAUGUUCAUGCCGAUGAUGGGAGUUCCUUACUUCACCCCUCCCUCGCUCGAGUACAUGCAUAGCUCUGAUGCCAUCACGAGAGCAUCUCGCAAGAGCCGAAUAGCCAAGCGCAGGGUGCACGGAAACGAUCAAAAUCAACCACGCUUGACGAUUAAAGCUGCUGCAGUCGGUGGUGCUCCCGUACAAAUUGGGAGACAGGAUAAUCUGGGUCAUCAGAGUGUAGCAGCUCCUUCUGCUAAACAGGGGAAACAGGGACUAAGCACAGAUAAUUUGGUGUUCCUAUUGGCGAAACAACUUAGUCCUAGUGGCGUGAGCAGUUUAGGGCGCAUAGUACUUCCCAAGAAAGAAGCAGAAGCUCAUUUGCCACACCUAGUUGCUAGUGAAGGAGUGUUUCUACCAAUGACAGACUUCGACAGCGGUCAGGCCUGGCUAUUCCGUUACAGGUUUUGGUCAAAUAAUAAGAGCCGAAUGUAUCUGUUGGAAAACACGCGCGAUUUUGUGAAGGCGCACAAUCUGCAAGAGCGGGAUAUGCUCGUCUUGUACAGAGAUGCAGAAGGCAGCUAUGUAGUUCGGGGUGAGAAAGUUGGCGCAAUUCAAAGAGAUACGACAGAAGAGAUCACACGAACUGCAGAGGAGCACUCACAGAAGAGACAGAAGGUUCAGUCUUAAUUCAAGCUUAAGGAAGAGAGUCCUUCGUGCACGAUGAGAAUCUACUGCGGACUAUGACUGCAUUUUUAUGGGCAACUUGUCUGCUGACGCACUACUUGCAUGCCCUUUUCCGGCCUAUGACUGCAUUUUUAUGGGCAACUUGUCUGCUGACGCACUACUUGCAUGCCCUUUUCCGGCCGACAUUAACAUAGAGUUUUGUUGUCGAUUCCUCAUCGAACUUCUGAAAUCCAUGCAGUAGAGUAUGUAAUAUUUGUAAAUAUAUUUCUUUCUGGCUAGGACAAGGAUGGGACAGACCAAAUAGUCGAGACUAGUGAGCUAGGAAGUUGAAGCCACAGGUGAGCUUUUGAAACUAGUGUUUUGUUUCAGUGGAGUCGGGUGGGUUUCCUCUCCAAAUGUGUAGCUCUUACAAGAUAAGUCAUUACCAAACGCCUGGAAUGUGUUUUUCUCAUCUCGAUGGCUUCCAUUGUACUGUUCGAUGAAAAAAGGUGAAGUCUCUUCUUACUUGCA